UUAAUAAAACUCAGCACUCGGGAACAUUUUUGCAGCUCUCUCCAACUGGUACAUUCGAGGAAAGGAGAAAUAAAAAGCUUGAAGACAGUUGAGGGCAACUCUGAAGUCAGGAGGCCAUUUUAGCCCUGUAGAGAAGCAGUGAGCUACCAUGUGCACAGGGAAGUGUUCAAAAUGCAUUGGGAUCACCCUGCUCCCACUGGCUGCAUGUGCCAUAGUCUCCAAUCUUCUCCUGUACUUCCCCAAUGGACAAGUUCUGCAGCUAAGUGAGAUAACUGACCUGGUCUGGUUUUUCAAUGGCAUUGUGGGAGCCGGGAUACUGGUUAUAUUGCCGGCAUUUAUGAUGCUGGGAGCAGGCGGAGCAGGAUGUUGCGCUAACAGGUGUGGGAUGCUGCUGUCAGUGAUUCUGGCUGUGCUGGGUUUCGCGGGAGGUGUGUACUGUGUGGUCAUCUCGUCGCUGGGGCUGAUUGGUGGACCUCUGUGCGACACGGGUGAUGGAGAGUACGUUUACCCCUUCAGGAAUGACACUCUGCAAGACAAUUAUUUGUUCAAUCAGACAACAUGGAGCAUUUGCAAAGAACCUGAAAACAUCAUCCUUUGGAAUGUUGUCCUUUUCUCAAUUCUCCUGGUGAUUGGUGUGAUUGAAGCUGUCCUUUGUUUUAUUCAAGUCAUCAAUGGACUUACUGGCUUCAUAUGCGGCACAUGUAUGAGAAGACGAAAGACAAAUAUUUCCGGAAUGUGACUGACUGAGAAGA